AUGGACUUGGAUGUUAUAAUGGAGUCUCCACCAGAUCUCAGGGGACUUUUCGACAACCUGCAGCUCCAGCUCACUGCCCAGAAAUCCCAAAUCGAGGAACUCGUCGAAGACGCGAACCUAUAUAAGAUAAAGAUUAACAAACUCACUAGCGAUAUGGAGGCAGAGCGUACUGCCCUGAAUUCACAAAUCGAGGAACUCGUCGAAGACCUCACUAGCGAUAUGGGGACAGAUCGAAGAAAAUCCGAGAAGGACCAGAAAGAGCUCCAAAAGACGAUAGACAGACUCACAGAAAAGACGGAUGAGCUCAGCGAGGAGAAUACGGAACAAAAAGCAAGGAUCAGAACAGGUCACAGAGAACCGAAAGAUGAUUAUGAAGAUGAAAGACGGACCAUCGUCAAUCACGCGAGAGACAAACUGGCAAAACUUUGCAACCUCAAAUCCCACGAUGAACUCCUCCCCAGCUAUUAUCAGACAGGGCAGAAUACAGCAAACGAACAAUUGGACGCAGCGGUUAAAUCUGUAUCUGACAACCUCCCUCGCAGAGAUACUAGGAUGCUUCCACCUGAGGCAUUAAGGCGUGUGCUGGACACAUCGCCACAGAGCUUCCGACAACUUGGAAAAGACGUUGCGCACCCGAUCUCACCUACUGAAGACGCGGUGAGAGACAAGAGCCUACGCAAGGCACAGAUCGUUUCAUUAAUCCAGAUAUACAACUGGACCUAUGACACUUCUCUUUCGACUCGAGUGUGA